GUACUUUCGGUCCAUAUCGGCCAAGGCGGCGUGCAGAUGGGCAACGCUUGCUGGGAGCUUUAUUGCUUGGAGCACGGUAUACAACCUGACGGUAUGUUGCCACCGCAAACCUGCACGAGCGAUGAGGGCUUCCAGACCUUCUUCAGCGAAACAGGUGGUGGAAAAUACGUACCUAGAGCAGUUUUCCUCGAUCUCGAACCAACAGUAAUAGAUGAGGUACGCACGGGAACGUACCAUCAGUUAUUCCAUCCCGAGCAAUUGAUUUCUGGCAAGGAAGACGCCGCAAAUAAUUACGCGCGUGGCCAUUACACUCUAGGCAAAGAGAUCAUCGAUCUUGUAUUAGACAGGAUUCGCAAAAUAGCUGAUAUGUGUAGUGGUCUACAGGGUUUCCUCAUCUUUCACGCGUUUGGCGGCGGCACUGGAUCCGGCUUUGCUAGUCUGCUGAUGGACCGACUAUCCAUGGACUACGGCAAAAAGGCAAAGCUAGAAUUCGCCAUAUAUCCGUCACCGCAAAUUUCCACAGCAGUCGUUGAACCCUACAAUGCAAUCCUGACAACUCACACUACGCUGGAGAAUUCCGAUUGCGCAUUCCUCGUAGAUAAUGAGGCAAUCUAUGAUAUUUGUAGGCGUAAUCUGGACAUCGAGCGACCAACUUACACAAAUCUGAACCGGCUCAUUGGUCAGAUUGUCUCCUCGAUCACAGCCUCUCUGAGGUUCGACGGUGCCCUCAAUAUCGAUCUCGCCGAAUUCCAGACGAAUCUCGUGCCCUAUCCUAGAAUACAUUUUCCUCUGGUAACUUACGCGCCCAUUGUGUCCAUCGAGAAGGCUUAUCAUGAACAGCUCACCGUGAUGGAGCUUACCUCAGCCUGCUUCGAGCCAGCUAUGCAAAUGGUCAAGUGCGACCCGCGAAAGGGCAAGUACAUGGCUUGCUGUUUAUUGUACAGAGGCGACGUGGUGCCAAAGGAUGUCAACGCGUCCAUCGCGACUAUCAAAACCAAGAGAACGAUACAGUUCGUUGACUGGUGUCCAACGGGUUUCAAGGUAGGCAUCAAUUAUCAACCACCAACUGUAGUACCGGGAGGUGAUCUGGCGAAGGUGCAAAGAGCUAUGGCGAUGUUGGCGAAUACCACGGCGAUCGCAGAGGCGUGGGCCCGACUGAAUCGAAAAUUCGAUCUUAUGUUCAGCAAACGAGCCUUCGUUCAUUGGUACAUCGGCGAAAACAUGGACGAAAGUGAAUUUAAUGAAGCCAGAGAGGAUCUGGCCGCGUUAGAGAAAGAUUAUCAAGAAGUCGGCACGGAUUCCCUGGAUGUCGGUGGCGAAGAAGAAAUGUAACUACCUGUAAAAGAC